AUGGUUGAUGACAUUGAACCACCUAAACCUACACCUAUAUUUGGAAAUGGGACAUCGUUGGUAACUAAUGGAAUUAACAAUUCUUCAUUAGCUGCCCUUAUGCAUUCAAAUAUUCAAUCAUCAUCUUCUACAACAGCGGGUCCAAGUUCUUUAUUUCUGGGAACUCCUCUUUCUACAAUGCUUCUUGCGAGUAAUCAACAACAACAAAGCUCAGGAAGUAGUUCUAGUAGUGUUGGUGGAGGAAUGGGGUCGUCUGGAUGUAAUGGAAGGUUACAACCUAGACAAAGAAGGAAAGUUCCAGAUGGCGAACUAUGUGCUGUAUGUUCGGACAAAGCAACUGGCUAUCAUUAUGGUGUUGCAAGUUGUAAUGGUUGCAAAACAUUUUUCCGAAGGACAAUAGUUUCUGAACAUAGUUUUGUUUGUCAAUAUAAUGGAAGUUGUGAUGUUACUAGAAAUGUUAGGUGUGCUUGCAGGCAUUGCAGGUUUCAAAAAUGUGUUGCCGUCGGGAUGGACGCCAGAGCGAUACAAAAUGAUCGAGACAGAAUUGGCCCAACAAAGAAGAUGCGUUUAUCUUCUGGCGGGGCAGUUGAGGGAAGAAAACGAAGUUCUGUCGAUGAGGAUCAACUUUCUGUGGCUUCUUUAUCACCACAAAUGAGACAGCAAGACGGGAAAUUGUUGGAACAUAUUGUUGCAAUAGAAAACCUUUGUAAUGUUCUUCGCAAUUGCUGUCUUGAAGAAAGCAAAGGUGUUAGAGAAACAUUGACACAGCCUUCAUUACUUUUUCAAGCACAAAACUUACGAAAAGAUGUUUUAAUUAAAAGUCUUUUUAUUUUUAAUUAUUUUAUUUUUAAGGUCAAUACAAUAUUUAAAGACCUUUAUCCAGCUUCCAUGAAUGAUAUUCAAAUGUGGAAUAUCAGGGAGCUGAGGCUUUGUUUGGAAUGGGCUAAGACUUUUGAUGAAUUUCAACGACUUUCUGACAAUGACCAAUUUUCGCUAGUCCGAAACUUCGCAUUCACUUAUAACAUCCUGAACAGAGUCUUCUAUUCAUUGGAUUACGGACCAGAUAAAAUUGUUUAUCCAAAUGGCGCAUAUAUUUUAAGACAACCCCAAGAUAGUGUUAAAAUACCUGGAUGUCGGUCAAUAUAUCAUCGUCAAAUGGAUGAAAUUAUGAUUCCGUUUCGAAAACUAGAAAUUUCUAUGCGUGAAUUUGCUUGUUUCAAAGCUUACGCGCUAGAUCUGUCUCACGAAGUUCGAGAGAAUAUUGGAAAUGAAAGAACAAAAUAUCUUACCGUUCUUUUCCAAAUAAUUGUUGAAAGACACAAUACAAGCUUUGGAGUUCAAAAAUAUGGAAAUAUGUUGAUGAUGUCCCAAUCAAUUCAGAACAUCAUUGACCAAAAUGAUGAAAAUAUGCAAGUUAUGGAAGUUUUUGGACAUUUUUGGAGAAUUAAUGGGUUUGUUAAAGAAUUGUGUAUGAAAUGAAAAUUAAAAAAAGGAAGGAAGUAUUUAAAAAUAAAAGAAAGACGGGGACAUUUAAUAAAAAUUAAUAAAAAUCAAAAAAUAACAGAAACGCAUCAAAGAAUCUUUUUAAUAGCGUAACCUCUUAAACGCGGACCUCACUCUUUAUUAUUGCAAAAAAUUCCUUUAUUUAGUUACUAUAUCACUUUCUAAUUUGCACUUUCUAUUUAAUAAUAUUUUUUUAUAUUUACUAAAUUCAGUACAACAACAAUUUAAUAUUUUUCUU